AGGAUUAAUAAAUGUUUAGCCCAAAAACUGUUUUGAAAACAUUUGGUCGUAUAUCUAUCGCCCUCUAGUGAAUGAGCAAGUGUAAUUACAAAUUCAUCGAACGCUUUUAUUGGCUCCACUGCAGUCAAACGUCAUCACUUGGGGCGGGAAAUAAAAAGGCGCUGGCCAAUGAAUUCAUAUAUGCAAAUCAGAUUCAAAAUUUUCCCGGGAAAUCUGAGUUUCGCGGGAGGACCUUUCGCGCGUAAACCUCAUCCCCUACUUCAUUGUCCGCUUCCUGGAGCCAUUUUUCGCUCUACAGGGAGGGAGUUUGCAUCGCAUUUUAAUCGCUUACAUCGGCUAUUAUAGGAUUGAGCAAUUUCACACAUAUUAUAACAGUGCUUUCCUGACACUGUGCGCUUUGAUAAUUUAUGAUCAUUUUAAAUCUACGCACACGGAUUUUAUAGAAAACGAGCCUUGAAUCAAAAGCGGGACAAAGGGAACUACGCAUCUGAAGAUCAUGAGAAAAGGGGGUUCCUCGCUCCCAGGACAAGUAAUGUUUUCAAGGGUUAGAGCUUCUCCCCGUGAGCAAAACGGUGUUUAUAACGCGGUUUCUGAUCGGCAAUGUGCAGGUUAUUCCAGUGCAAGUCGUAUACAUAUUAACACACCGCCGUCCACUAGUAUAGUUUGUGUACCCGAGGCUUCUGUUGACAGUGUGUACACAACUCCUCUGCAAGUACCGACGCACGGGACUGGACUGCGACCCACAUUAGGACGACCGCCGGCUAAAAGGAGGCUGGAGCUGGACAUCACAGACCAUCAAUACAGUGAGCCAGCUAAAACACUUCGAAGUCAGAAAGGAGCUCUUAAACUGAAGAUCCCCAAAGCUCCCAAAACUCCACCAGAGAAGACCCGUUAUGACACAUCCUUGGGGUUCUUGACAAAGAAGUUCUGUGAGCUGCUGGCCCAGUCCUCAGAUGGAGUGCUGGAUCUGAAUAAAGCUGCGAUUGUGCUCAACGUCCAGAAGAGACGUCUUUAUGACAUCACCAAUGUGCUGGAGGGUGUGCACCUCAUCAAAAAGAAGUCAAAGAACAACAUCCAAUGGCUAGGCCCCAGUCUGCCAUCAGAGGGAGAGCUGCCAUCUCUUUCGAUGUCUAGUCACAGUCUGGCCAGAGAGAUGCUGGAGCUCACGCAGGAGGAGAGACGACUAGAUGAACUAAUACAGACCUGCACACGUAACGUCCAGCAGAUGACUGAAGAGAUCCAUAACCAAAAAUAUGCCUAUGUAACCUAUCAGGAUAUCCGAAGAAUAAAAAGCCUUCAAGACCAAACCGUCAUAGCGGUCAAAGCACCAUCUGAAACGAAGCUGGAGGUGCCUGACCCAAAGGAGAGUUUACAGGUCCACUUGAGUAGCUCCAAGGGUCCCAUUGAUGCUUUCCUCUGCACUGAUGGUGGUGAUUCAGGCAGCCUGCUGCACAAUGGCCUUGAUGUGAAUGGAAAUCACACUGCCUUUUUCAAAGUCUCCCAAGAAGGUUCUUCAGGUGGAAUGGCUGAUGGUGUCAAGAUGAACGGCAGCUACAGCGGUAGCGUCAACGGGUAUGGUCCCCUGACUGGCAGUGCCCCAAUGUCACCCCUCAGUUCCUCCCUGUCCUCCAUUCUUCAACAGCCAGAUGAAUCUAUCCCGUUUGUGCCACUAUCACCUGCCCUGCUCAAUGAAGAAUACAUGCUGAGCUUGGGUGAUGAGCAGGGUAUAAAUGAUCUGUUUGACUCCUGUGACCUGGACAUGCUAGCAUUGGAUGACUUGCUCAGGAUAUGAGCCUUCCUGGAGGUCAACACCAGGAAUGUGACCUGGUUUCAGGUUGGUUGACAAGUGCUUGGGAGUUGUUGUAUCAAACCUGUGAAGAUCCAAGGAUUAGGUAAUGGGUUCAGCGGAUAUGAAUCUGAUAAUGAACUAAAUGUUGAAUUGGUUUUAGUGUUCAUGUCCCCCCCCCCCCCCCCCCCCAUGAUUUCCUUGUCUCCAAAUUUGAUAUUGACUGUUUACACUUGGAUCUUAUGUUUAGACUUGCUGGUACAGAAUCCAUGGACUCUUGUCUGUGAUAUUUGCGUAUGGGUAGUUGUACCCAGAUAAUGUAACAAUGUAAUUUUAAGCGUGACAAAUUACAUGAGUUGUGUGAUUGUGUAUAAACAUCUGUCAUACCAUACUGUCUUUGUGAUUGGCAACCCCUGCCUCCUUUAACCUCUGCCAAUAAUGCUAAAGAGUGUUUCUCUACACCUGUGUUUCUUUAAAGAAUAUUUCACACCAAAAAAGUUCACUAGUUGCCUUCAUGUUGUUUCAAAUCCAUAUGCCCACCUUUCUGCUGAACACAAAAUGUCACAAUUGCUGAUUUCAAUACAAAAGCAGUGGACGUUGCUUCAAUUUAAAGCAUAAAUCCCCCAAAAGUGUCAUAGUAGUCUGUGUAGCUUGUGUGUCAUAUUCCAAGUCUUCUAAAUGCAUACAAUUACUUUGUAUAAAGAACAGAACAAUACCUGAAAUAUAACUCAAAUCAUUGUACUCAUGUAGGCUAUGCACAAAUAAAAUAUGGCGGCACGUCAAUAACACCAAACCACAUUGGUUCUUGCGUGUUUUUUGUUCAAGCGUUUUGUCACAAGAACCAAUUUGGUUUGAUUUUGGGUGCUUUUAAAGCUUUAAGGCACAUGCACAUUUACAUGUGCAUGGCAAAAUUAAAUGUGUGUGUAACCAGCAAAAAAAUAAAGCAGCCUCUUUAUUGCUGGACUUUAUACUGUGAGUGAAGUAAAAAAAACAAAACUUGCCGCUAAAAUUAUUCUUGUCCAUUAUGAAUUUUCAGUGUAGCUGUGUACGAAGCACCACCCACACAAAGGUCACUGCCAAACCAAGCAACUUCCUAUUGUUCAAUGCGGCGAAAUCACCUGUCAAAGUUUACCAAACUUGAACUCCACUUGAAAUUUUUCGCCACCGGAAGUCGUAAUCGCACAAAUUCACCCGCGGAAUUUCGCCGUGCCUUUUAAAGUGAGUCCUUAUCAACUGCUGUUGUAUAGAAAUCAUUGCAACAUUCUUUAAAAUAUUUUGUUUUCCGCAUAACGUUUAUGGGUUUCAAACAAUCGUGAGAAUUCAGUUUAGGUUUAGGAAGAAAUCCAGUCCCCAGAACCAUGAUUAAGAACUGUAUAUUGAAUAGCUCUGCACUUAGACAUUUAUGACUUCAUAAUCUGGCACUCUCUUCCAUGGAGAGAGGAAAUUCUUGUCAAUUGGGUAGCUAAAUAUCAAAGAAAGAUCAGGGUGGUGUUUGUUAAUUGAAUGAUCCAAAGAGCAGGUGCCUGCAUCUCUCUGAUGAAUUUGGUGCUAUAUUGUUUAUGCUUUUAUGGUAUAUCUCAAAAAGUGAAUGCGUUGUGCUUUAAUCGGAUGAUUAGAAUGAAAACCGAAAUGUAAAAUGAAAAUUGAUUUCCCACAAUCGUCUCCUGAGCUAUAUAGUAGUGUUGCUUUUGUUACCAAAAUUAUUGGUACUGGCAAAGAACUUCCGUCUACUAGGUCAUUUCUAAUCCGUUUGGCAGGGUACAUGUUUAAAAUGUUCUGAGUUCUCCUGUACUUUUGGAUUUUAUUUUUUAGACUGAAAGUUGUAUUUUAAAUAUGGCUCCUAAUCUAGGUCACCAUUAAAAUGGAAUGUAUUUCAGUAUCUGAUGUGCUCUUCAGACUUUAGUCUGUGGCAUAACUUCUUUAGUUGAUUUAACAUGUCUGUUGCAGUCUUCUUCAGAUGUGGAUUGUAAACAACCUUUUUAUAUAUAUAUAUAUAACACACUCAGAUAUUGGAAGUGUAUGGCUAAUUUUUUUUCACAAAUCACAAUGUGAGAUUUCUCAAUAUAGACCCAAAUCUAUGGUAUCCUUAUCUAAAUGUUAGGAUGAGACUGUGCCAAUGAUGAUAUUUGGACAAAAUAUCCCAUAUUCAUACAUUAAGUUGAUUGCGUAAAGUAUAAAUGAUAAAUUACAUGAUAUCCUCAUUGAACUAUGAGUCAAGACUGUUUUAAGGAACUACUUCUGAUAUGCUUCGUUAGAAAGCAAGCAGGUUAUUAUGGUACUCUUAAGCCCGUUAGAACGGGGUUUUUUUUUUUAUUUUAUUUUUUUUUUUUGCUUUUAUUUUCCCCUUACUUUUCCAGUCCCUAUGUUUUCACAUCAGCUUUUUCAGAUUUCCCCUUAUGUUGCAGAGCCUUAAAAUUCUGUGUAAAUUGUUUUGUAAUAUCAUUUGUGAAGGAUUUGUCUUGACUUGAAUGGAUGUGGAUUUAUGAACGAUUUGCACAAAAUUCAGUUUCAUGAAUAAGGCUCACUGUGUACUAAUAGUAAUGCGUUUGUUCAUUUGUGAAAUGUUUGAAAAUAGGUAUUAUUAUGAGAAAACAAAUUAGACAAGCAAAUAAGUUGAUUCUGUAGCAUUGUACCUUCUCACACAAGGGCUCAUCUGGAGUCUGAAAUGUUUUUUUUUUUUUUUUUUUCAGUUGGAGGCAGUUUGUGUGCGUGAACAUUUGAAGUGUUUUAUAUGUGGAUUGAGACCUGCACAUUGUUUGCAAAUUUUUAAUAAAGUAAUGCAUUUCUGCGCAUUCAAGCCUCCUGUUCGGUCAGUCCUGCUAUUGAUAAAACUUUUAGAUGGCCUGCAAAAGAUAAGGAUUUUGUACAUGGUUUUGUUAUCAUGCUUCAAGUGUUAAAUAACAUGUUAUUUUAAAUGGAUAUUAACUUGGCAUCACCAAGAGGAACUGUUUUUACUCUGUCCGUUGCAACUGGCUGAACCAGUGAAAAGGUUAUGAGUUGACUGACUAAAAUUAUUUCAGAAUAACAGAAGAUUAAGAAUGUAGAGCAAAGUCAAACUGUUGUAAAGUGAAUGAAAUGCUUUUUGGAAAUGGCAUGCUGAACCUUUCAAUACCUUGUGUAAAAUAA